AUGAGUCACCGCCAGAUGCACGAACGCGAGCGCCCGUCACACCGACCCGAAAACGCCGAACACCGCCGACCGAGACCGCCUAGCCCGACCCUGCGAACCCCGACCACGACCGCGACGCCGAAGGACCACUACGACACUUUGAACCCGCGCCGCAAAGCGCGAACGGAGCGUUUUCAGCCCCGUACCGGUUCCUCGCUUCACACGGGCACGGCCCGACCGACCCGGUCUCGGAGCCAAUCUUUAUUUCUUCCGAAGGGGCCGCCAGCGCACCGGACGCCGCCCGAGCCACGGCGCUCUACAGGUAUAUUUUUUUCCGUAUCUCCGGACGAGCCGAUUCCACGGACACGGUCCUUUACGAAGAAGAGAACUCUUCCCGGGGCUCUCGGCGACGUCUCCGGGCUCGCUUGCGUCACCGCGGUUUCGCCGGAGAAGCGACGAGACGCCACCGACAUCGCUGCCAGCAGCGCCGCCACCCCGGGGCACUCUCCGAGUCCGGGUUCGGGAAUAUUAACCGAUUAUUUCGACGGAAGGCCGGCCGUUCGUCAUUCGCGGCGUUUUGACCGACUGACCCGUGCUCGACCGCCGUUGGACGGAACCCUUCUCUCCUUCGGUCUUCGAAGGUCUCGUUCGAAUAUUUGCUACUACCACCGAGAUCUGCACCCGCGGUCGGCUCCACCGGGCUCAAAGGCUUCCGUGCUCACCGCGGCGCCCUCCUACUCGUCGCGGCAUCGGUCAGGCGCGCGCAUCGUUUUCGUCAGCGCAAGCGCUCCUCGAAAACGGUCCGGCAUCGGUCCGUCGCUCCAGCGCCAUCCAUUUUCGGGGCCGGUCGAUUCGGCAGGUGAGUUGUUAUGGGCGAAAGCAAAACCCGGGCAACAACCAAAUCGAGUUUGGGCCACGUUCGGCAGCACCGGACUGAGUCCCCCCGCGAUCGCGGUGAGCGGUCCCACCCCGUUUACCCCUGGGCGGUUUCACGUUCUCUUGAACUCUCUCUCCAAAGUUCUUUUCAACUUUCCCUCACGGUACUUGUCGACUAUCGGACUCGUCCCGGUAUUUAGCCUUGGAGACCCAAUUUGGGCUGCGUUCCCAAAAAAUUUUCGGAUCCGAAGGCCGACGCUCGCCGUGAAUGGGCCUGGCACCCGCCGCGGGCGGCCCUGA